AUGGAUAGGAUGAUCCCAUUGUUUGUUGAAAUUCAUGGAAGUAAUCCCACAACCGAAGGAGAUCUUCGGUGGAGCAAGACAGCGGGUCAGAGGACCAACUCGACCGAACGCUUCAACGAAGAUAAAAGAGGUCGAAGAGAUGAGCAUCGACGCAAUGAUCAGAAAUUCGAAGAUCAGUUUUACACUAAGCUUAACACCAGCUACAUUCGGAUCAUAAGGGAGAUAAAGGACCGUAACAACCUCGAAUGGCCAUGGUCCAAGGGAAAACAACCACCAAGAACCGAGAAAUCAAGGGACUACUGUGAGUACCACUGCUUCAACGGUCACCAGACAGAGAAGUGCAAGAAUCUCAAGAUAAUGAUCCAAAAGCUGAUCGACGCUGGAGAUCUCAAGAAAUAUAUUCAAAAGACAGAAACCGAAGAAAGGACCCAUCGAAGUAAGCAAGUCCACCUACCUGAGAAUGACCGAACCAUCAACACCAUUUCUUGCUCAGAGCCGAGCGACCCAUCACUAACUGACCAAAUAGGAAAGAGAUUGAGAAAACAAUUCGAAUACUAUUGUGAGUUAUACAAGAUCGAUGGAGAAGAAGUAGAGGGACAUGAAGACUGGAUGAAUGCACCACUGACUUUUUCUGCCGAUGAUGUUGAGGAAGACACGGAAGACCAUAAUGAUGCUUUGGUGCUCAUGUUACCUGUCUCAGGAUGGACUAUAAAGAAGAUCUUGAUCGAUGGAUGGAGCUCAGUCAACAUCUUGUUCUACGAUACCUUCAAGCGAAUGAAAUUAAAUGAUGAGCAACUGAUGUCUUCUUACUACACUAUUUAUGGAUUCAACGGGAAGCUACAAAUCCCCUAG